AUGUAAAUAUUUGGCUGCUUAUCAGGAUUUCAAAUGUGGAUACAUCUUACAGCCACCUCUCAACACUAUAUUAUGAAGCAAUGGUUUCUUAACAUUUAAAUGAUUAUUUUUUCACUCCAAUUUGUAAACAAAUUUAUAAGAAUUUAAAGUUUAAGAAGAAAAAUAAAUUUUUUUGGUAAAGAUUUAAAAGAAAAAGAAAUUCAACAUAUUAUAAUUUUGUUCUCCAUUUAUUAGUACUAUUUUUCCCCAAAAUUUAACUUUGCUUUUCCUGAUUCGUUUAAUCUUUUAAACCCUAAUCUUAAAAGCUAAAACCCCAUUUCAUUGAUUCGGGAAACUGAAUUCCCAACAGUCAAACUAAAAAUGGCUCGCUUCAUUCCAACAGCUCAAAGAGCAUUUGUCUCUGCUGCUUCAAAAACCCUAACUAAUGGCAGCCAAUCACGAACCGCAUCUGCAUAUUCACUACUCCAAUUUCAUCCCUACGCAACCUCCCAAACCCACAAAUCGCCUUUCACUGCCAACAUCAUCAGAAUCCUAAGCAACGAGAUCGAGUACCAGCACGACUACGCUCCUCCCCAUCAGCCGGCUACGAGUUUCAAUUCAUUUACGGUCCAAGACCGACCGGGAGAGAAGUGGAUGACAAUGAGGGGAAAAUACGGAGAAUAUGAAGAAAUUAAAAUUGAAGCAACUAUGUUUGACGGUUGUGUUUUUGUUCCUAAGCCUGGAGAAGAUAGCACCGGGGAGAAUGUGGUUCUUCACAUUAGCUUGCUUGUUGAUAUUUCCAAAGGUCAAGGUUAUCCUGAUAUGGAAUUUUUGUGCUCAGCUUGGCCUGAUCAUUUAGAAAUCCAGAAAGUUUACUUGCUAAAUCGCGAUAAGACUAUUAUUAACCCUUACAUGGGACGUGAUUUGAGGAGGAAAAAGAAUAGGAAGCUUCAGAGGACACUUGGUGAUUACUUGGAAGAAAGGGGAGUAAAUAAUGAACUCUGUGUUUUCCUGCACGGGUAUAUGAUGAAUAAGGAUAGGAUUGAAUUGAUCCAGUGGUUGGGAAAUGUCAAAUCCAUUGUGCAGAAAUAGAACGAGGUUUGCUUAUAAAAAUUUGAUCUCAGCUUUCUAGUUUUUUCCCGCACGAGGUUCAUAAGAUUUCUGUUUAGGUUCCCUAUGAUUUGUAGCGGCCUAUAUGAAACAUGAAAUACAAAUUGAUUGACCAUAUUUUGGCAUUGGACUGUUAUACAGAGUUGUAAAGGUAAGUAGUCUUACUGGUGCAGGUAAAAAUAAGUUUAUGAGGAUUCUAUGCAUCCGCCAACUCUCUCUUUUAGAGCUUGGAUAUGUUGUUAAAUAUAUUUUAGGGUCUCAGAGUAGUGAACAA